AUGAAUUCCCUAUUUUCAGAUCCGCAUUCUGAAUGCGAGGCGCUCAAGAAUCCUUCUUAUCUUGAACUCGUGAUAUCCAUGGCCGCCAUAGGGUGCUGCAAAGAAUUGGAGGCAUUUCAGUGCGCUGCUGGAUUACUGGGUGUUGCCCAGCUUGGCACGCAGUGGGUCUGUUUCACGCUCAUACUGGUUCUGUUUCUCAUAUUCUUUCGAUACCGAGAUGCAACGAUACCGCCUGAGGAGCUUGCAGGAGAAUCCCCAAAAUGGCAAACCGCGGUCGGAGUCGGCCUUGUCUGCGUCGUGCACGGCUUGGUGGUAGUCAUCAUCACGGGUGUCUUCACUAUUGCCUUGCCGGACCAUCUGACGGCUUGGGCAAACUUCUUGGGCAUCAUGGCUGCAGUUCUGGCGGCAAUCCAAUACUUUCCACAGAUUUGGACCACAUACCACUUAAAACAUGUUGGGAGUUUGAGCAUUCCGAUGAUGUGCAUCCAGACUCCCGGAGGCUUUUUAUUUGCCGCAAGCCUCUAUGCCAGACUUGGUCCAAACGGAUGGAGUACAUGGGCAAUUUAUCUUCUGACAGCCAUAAUGCAAGGCUGCGUCCUAGUCCUUGGUGUCUACUAUGAGAUGGCGGCGCGACAGCAUGAACGCCAACAAACGAAUCAAGAUGGCGACAGUUCUUACCACUCUCUGGAAAACCCAGCGGUACUACGGCCUUCACUGGCGGGCAGAACUUACUCGGAGGGAUGGGAACGAGGCUUGCCAGGCCCUUUUACGGGCCAUCCAGAGCGAUAUGCUGAAACUGAGGAUGACUUGGACGAUAUGCAGGAGCGGGAGCAAAGGGCCGUCGAACGGGAGAACCAGCCUUUGCUACGUCCCGGCGGUAUUGGGAACCCCCGAAAGAAUUAUCAAAGUACCAGGAAGCACUAG